AUGGAGCCAAGGUCUUCGUUUCGGAUCGUCAAUCAAUUCACCCCAGAUUACUCUGAUUCACUUUUCACGCAAUAUGAAUCCAAAAGGACUGGAAUGAGAGUUAUCACUAUAGACCGAAAGGGACCAAGGGUUCAAGGGUCCUUUGUGCUCGCUACUGAAAUCCACGAUGACUCUGGCGCACCCCAUACGCUAGAGCAUUUGUGCUUUAUGGGUUCAAAAAAUCAUGAGGUCAAAGGAAUGCUUCACAAGCUUGCAACUCGGUUGUACUCAGAAAUAAAUGCAUGGACAUCGGUCGAUCAUACCGUUUAUACCCUUGAAUCUGCCGGAUGGGAAGCGUUUGCUCAAAUAUUACCAGUAUACCUAGAGCAUAUCAUUGCCCCUACGUUGAGUGACUCUAGCUGCUACACAGAGGUAUACCAUGUUGAUGGUACUGGCAAUGAUGCAGGGGUUGUGUAUUCCGAGAUGCAAUCAUAUCGGAAUGACUUCUAUUCUCGUGCUGAUCUUUGUGGCCGUAGAUUCCUCUAUCCUACCGGCGUGGGCUUUAGGUAUGAAACUGGAGGAAUGACGGAGAAUCUCAGGGUGCUUACAGCAGAUCGGAUACGGGAAUUCCAUCGGGAAAUGUACCAACCAAAAAAUUUAUGUCUUAUUUUAACAGGCGAGAUUGACCACGAGAAUCUCUGUGCCAUACUCUAUAAGCUGGAAGACGCGAUAAUGGAUGUCAUUCCAAGUCCGUCUGCACCUUUUAAACGGCCUUGGAUCGACUCCCUUCAAGCUACUCCUCUUCAAAAAUCGGUUGUUGAGAAAGUUGAAUUCCCAGAGGAGGAUGAGUCGUCUGGAAUGGUUCAGAUCCGUUUCCUUGGGCCCAAUGUCAAGGAUCGUGUUCAGAUGAGCGCGUUAAAUGUUAUCCUGCUUUACCUUGCAGGCUCAUCUGCUUCUCUUUUGGUGCAUGCCCUUGUUGAAGAGGAGCAGAUUGCGUCCGCUGUAUCAUACGAUACAGAGGAGAGGCCACACACGGAGAUUACCUUCACUCUGUCCAGUGUCGCCACAGAAGAACUGGAGGCCGUCGAACGUCGGUUCUUUGAGGUCCUUAAUAAUGCCAUGGAAAUGGAGAUUGACCUGGAAUACAUGCGCCACUGUAUCCGGCUUCACCAACGGACGUGGAAGUUCGCAACGGAAACAUCAACCGCCUCAUUUACUGAAGCCGUGAUAACAGACUUCCUCUUUGGAGAACGGGAUGGCUCAACAUUAGAAUCUCUUGAAGAUUUGGAAGAAUACGAGGUUCUAGAGACAUGGACUGAUUUGGAGUGGCGAGAUUAUAUCAGGAAAUGGAUUUCUAAUGCACACCAUGUUUCCAUUCUAGCCGUGCCUUCAGAAAAAAUGGCCACAAAUCUUAUGGAGGAUGAACAUAGACGUAUCGAGGAGCGAAAGGCAAAACUGGGGCCAGAGGGACUAGAGAAACUUGCGGAAGCUCUGGAGAAGGCUAAAAGGGAUAAUGAGGAAGAAGAGCCAACAAAUCUCAUAUCAGGGUUUACCAUCCCAGUUGCCGAUUCAGUUCAUUUCAUUCAAACUAUCACAGCAAAAGCGGGUCCUGCUUUGGAAUCGAAACGCAAUGAUAAUGAUACCCAGAAAUUGAUAGAUUUAGAUGGGUCUGAUAUACCUUUAUUCAUCCACUUUGAGGCCAUACCUAGCAACUUUGUGCAGCUGGUACUGAUGAUCUCAACGGAGGAUGUACCUCAUCAUUUGCUGCCUUUACUGCCGUUAUACACUGAAUCUUUUUUUAGCCUGCCAAUCAGAAAGGGGAGUGACAUCUUAUCUUUCAAGCAGGUUAUUGUCGAUUUAGAGAAAGAUACAGUAAGCUACGGGAUGUAUCCAACUCACAACCACCCCGAAUCUCUUUCUAUUGUUUUCCAUGUGGAGGCCGACAGAUAUCAAGCUGCUAUAUCCUGGUUGAAGGAUCUAACAUGGAACUCAAUCUUUGCAGUUGAAAGGUUGACGGCCGUCACAUCUAAACUACUUGCAGACGUCCCGGAAGAAAAGAGAGACGGGGAAAGUAUGGUGGAAGCUAUUGGGAUAAUGACACAAUUGGGAGAGAAGUCUAUAUCUAGAGCACACACCGCACUUGUGAAAGCUCGAUAUCUAAAGCGUGUCAAAACAUUGUUGGCUAUUCAACCAGACGAAAUUGUCCGACAAAUGGAGGAAGUUCGCAAAGCACUUUUCUGUCUUGAUAAUUUCAGAGUGCUAGUUACUGCCGAUCCAAAAAAACUCACUGGCCCCGUCGCUUCGUGGAACACAUUUAUCGCUGACUUGGAUACCUCGAAGGAGCUCAAGCCUGUAGUCAAGGUGGCGCAGCGAUUAAGUGAUGCAGGUAGACACCCAGGCACCCAUGCUUAUGUUGUUCCAAUGAAGUCGAUGGAUUCUUCAUACGCCGAAUCUAGUUCAAAAGGCAUUUGCUCUCAUGAUAACCCAAAACUACCUGCACUGAUGGUUGCCAUUGCCUACUUGAACAAUGAAGACGGACCACUUUGGAACGCCCUUCGAGGAUCAGGGCUAGCCUAUUUUUUCUAUUUGCGGAGCAGUAUUGACAGUGGACUGGUACAUCUUAUGAUUCACCAGUCCCCUAAUGUUCACAAAGCCUUCGAAGCUGCAAAAGCAACCAUUGAGUGCCACCUCUCCGGUUCAAUAGAAGGUUGA